UUAUGAAAAAUUUUGAUUUAAUUAAAUAUUUAUCAUUCAUUUUUUUAUAUAAUGCAAUAGAUAAUGAUGAAAUUUCAACUAAUGAAGUAAAUUUGAAUAGUAGACCAGAAUUACUAAAUGGCUCUUUAGUGAGCGUAUAUUUGAUAGCUCGACAUGGAGCUAGAGCUCCAAAUGAACAUUUCCUAUACCCAAAAUACGUUUUAAAAUUAGAGAGAUGGCCAAAUGGUGUAUCACAAUUAACUGAUAAGGGUUGCAAUCAAAUGUUUCAAAUGGGUCAACAGUUCCGAAUUCGUUAUGGUCAAAAUUUAAGUUUAAAAUGGAGUAUUUACAAAGGAAUAAAAUUUUCAAAAUUAUCAUGUAAAUCGAAGGAUGUUGCUUUAAAAUUUGAUCCCGUGACAAAUGUACACAUGGUUUCGAGUAAUAAAAGCCGAACAAUAAGCAGUGCUCACGCAUUCUUUAAAGGAUUUUUUUCUAUACAAGAAUCUUGCGACUUCCUUAAACCAUUCCAUAAUUUAUCGAAAAAUGAUAUUAGAGAAGUUUUGGAUACUGGGACUCGUCAAAUUUCAAGUUGGAUCCGUGAUCAUUUGAACAUCGUUCCAAUCAAAUCCUAUAACACGCGUAAUAAGUCAUUUCCUAUAGAUUUUCCAUUUACAGUAUUUAAUUAUUUUACAUGUUUAAAUUUUUCAAGAGAAAUCGAUUCAAAUAAUCUACUCAAUGAAAAUUCGACACUUUUAAGUUAUUCUUUAAGGAAUCGAAAAUUAAUGGAAAUUUUAUCAAAGAAUUCCGGGUUUGAAUUAGACGAGUUGGUAGUUAAUGCGGCACGAAUAGAAGAUUCCCUCGCUUGUGAUUUUGCCGAAAAUCCCGAAUUUCUUCCUGAUUGGAUAAAACAUUCAACACAUCCGCUUAUUUUUGAAAAAAUAACCCAUUUCGCAGAUUUAGCUUGUGUUAACACGGUUAAAUUUGAUCGAGAACUUCAAAAACACGUUAUUGGAGUAUUGGUAAAUUAUUUGUUAAGAGACAUGAAACGCAAGAUCGAAAUCAUGGCAUACUUUCAUAAAUUUAACGAUUCUAUAAUUAACAAACCAAUUAAAUACAUAAAAAUAUGUACUAUUUAUCCAAAAAACAUUUCUAAAUGCGAAUUUCGGGCUGCAUUAACUAACCCUAAACUCGACACCAAGAUAAUUAAUGUAUUUAUGGCGCAUGAUUUUACUUUAUAUGCCUUGUUGACAUAUCUUAAUUAUUCAUACUCUCUAAAACCGGCUUUUGGUAGUGCUUUUGUUUUCGAAUUAUGGUUCAAUGACAGACUUAAUAAUUCUAAUAAUCAUAUCGAUAUAAGCCAUUUCACGCUGAAAUUAUUUUAUAGGCAAUCAGAUGAGGAAGAGUUGAAACAUAUUGAAAAUGUGAAAUUAGUCAAAUUUAUUGAAUCAUUCCAACUUUUAGAUCUCUCCAAUUUAGUUAGAUAUCUUAAAUUUAGUUGUUAACUUUUUUUUCUCCAUUUAUUUUAACUUAAUUAUUUAUAUUAUUUUGAAUAAAAAAACUGAUGAUUUUAUUUAAA